UCUCUCUGUGGUUUGGUUUCUUUGCCACGCGUAUAUAACAACUCCCAUCACUUGCGAUCGGUUCUUAUCGCCCCCUUUCCCAUUUCUCCCCUCGAUUCUCCGGGCUGAUCCGGUCGCUGUCCGGGCCUGUUCGAUUGGAGGAGAAUCGCCUGGUUUGAAGGAAAGGCUUGGGAAGAAAGUUCACCUCGUGAAAUUCAAGGUGGCAGAGUUGUGUUGUGUUCUCGUAAAAGGAAUUCAGGGUGGCAAAGAAAGGUGGUGGCUUGCACGAAAGUUCAGAAUCCUUGUACUCUGCAAUCCAAUCCCCUUUUAUUUAUUACUAUAUAUCAAACUUCCUCUGUUUUGUUUUGUUUCGCAAAAGAAAGAAAGAAAGAAAAAACUUCUUCUGCUUUCUUCCCCAACUCAGGUCAAUGUUUUCCUCUCAGAGACGGAAUCAUUUUCCGCUGCAUGUUCCGGUUUGCUUCGACUGUCUGAAACCAGCAACUUUCUUUCAAUUCCCAUCCUUCCUUUUUCUCAGUUACAAGACUUGGAAAAUAUUUUCUUAUGUGAUUAGAUAAUAUUUUCUAUGCGAUUAGAUAGUACUACUAUCCCAUGCAAUACGUAUGUGUCAACCGUCGGGUGCUUCCUAGUAGUCUAUGUCUAUCUGAUACCCGUAAAAAAGCAAAAUUAGUACACCUUUCGGUUUUGAUACAGUACUGUGCUGUGCCGUGGUACUGCAGGCAUGGCCAAAUUGACCUUUCAGGAUGGAAAAUGAUUCCGGACAGGAAGGGGAAAAGGUCGCUACUCGCUACUAGCAAGUUCGCUUGGUCGUCACAGAAAGAGGCUUUGGUUGCACUAUGAGCAGGCACAUAUACAAUAACUAGAACAGUUAGAACCUGAUAGGUAAUUAUCACUGUAUCUGACAUGGAUGAGCACAUGGGAAGACGAACAGUCGGCGGCCUCCUCUUCACCAAGGGAGGAUCCAUCCUUCUCUUCAGAGAAGACGGCUCGCGCCCCAAGGCCAAGAACUGCUGCACGCGCCAUGGCUGUAGCGGUCAGCAUCCUGCUGACAGAGCCAAGGGCAAGGAGGUGCACAGGGCAGCAGCGGUGGGCAGUGAAUCGACACCGGCUACCCCUCGGAGAUCACAAGCUUUUAGGAAGCCCAACAGAAGGCCUCCACAUGAAGGCAGUGCCUCAGGCAGCAUCGUCAGGGAUGUAGGAGGCCCUUGUAGCGAAACCGGCAGCGGGUCAAGAGAUGCUCCUGGGCGUGAUCUGCUUGCUCGGCUUAAGGAGAGGGUCAACACAUCAAGGAAACGAUCGUUGAACAGGGAGAACAGCCCGCAGUCGCCGAGUGGACUCAGUGUCUGUGCCAGUUCCCCGAGCAACAGUCGGUCAGUCUCAAGGCCGUCGCACCGGACAGCUUCGAGGAUAAGAGAAGCUGACGAAGGCGCGAAUGCAGGAGCUGACAGUGUAGUGCGCAGAAAUGCUGCUAGGAGGGGUUCAGAGAGGAGUGACGAUGACUUGCUGCUGGUCGAGCAGGUAACAAGAAACCAAGCGCCUUCUGAAGGGUUUCUCUCUGGAUUCAUGGCUAGAUACAGAAGCGAUCUUCAGGGAGAGCUUUCGUCCCUGGACGACAGCAUGGAGGAUCCAAAUGGAUACUUGCGCUUUGAUGUGGGCGGGAUUGAAGAGCUCGAGAACUAUUUCAUAUUCAAUGAUCGGCAUAGAGGAAUGAGGAUGGAUAUCGACGGCAUGUCCUACGAAGAGUUGCUUGCUUUGGGGGAGCGAAUUGGUACCGUAAACACAGGUCUUUCAGACGACGCGUUAUCCGCGUGCCUGAACAGGAGGCUCUACAUGCCCACAGCUUCAGGUUCUCAUGAAGAUUGUGAAAGAAAAUGCAGCGUAUGCCAGGAGGAGUAUUUAGCAGGCGAGGAGGUGGGCGAGAUGGCAUGUAAACACUACUACCACCUUUCCUGCAUAGAUCACUGGCUUCGGCAGAAGAACUGGUGUCCUAUCUGCAAAUCUGUCGCCCUGAAAAUCAACUAGCAACGUGUUUCAUGUUUCUUCAUAAAUGAAGUGUAUAGAUUCUUCAUCUCCUGUAUUCCUUCCCCACCCCACUCCUUUUCCCUUUUGGAAUUUUUUUUCUUUCUUUCUUUUUCUUUUACUCAAAGCACUCAUUUUUUAUUAUCAAUUUAAAUCAGAAAAGAAAAUCUUGUGUUGGGUUAGGGCUUGCUGCGAGCCUUACUCGUGUUGGCCCAUGGCCCAGUAAGAACAGCCCCAAUUUAGGA